CAGUGGCCGCUUUCUGGCUCAAGAGAUGAUCCCAGCUUCUCUGCUUGAUGGCCCCUGGACACUGCUGGUUGGGCGUGCGCAGAUCCUGUGGCCUAUGCCGCCAACUGUUCUUUGGAGCAAGUGGAGGUGUUCAAUCUGUUAAGGAUAGGGAAGGCACUUCCGACCUGCAGAAAGACCGGUCAUUGACCUGCCCAGCACGAACUUGUUCGUUGACGGAGAAGGACACCAAUUCCUCCAAGGUGACGAACGUGGAUUACUCACGUUUUGAGCGCAUUGUGAAGCAGGAUGAUCUUCAGGACGGACUGGCAAUCGCAGUUGCGGUUUGUGGCCGGAAGGGCUGGAACAGCGAGGUGGUCAACGGCGUCUACCGACAGGACGGUGUGCUGAAUGGCCGGGCCAGGCUCAGAAAAAGUGACGGAACACGGUGGUUCAAAUUCACGGACAACCACAAGUGGAUGAUAUCUAGGUUUCCAGAUGGUCGGCCGCUUGGCGAAGCAGUCGCCGAGGAUGCUGCGGAAGAUCCCAGAAGAAUCAGGGAACCCUGGCACGUGUGUACUGAGGAGUUGAGCUGGGAGAUGGACGAGCUCAUGUCCGUCACGCCGGGCGAAUGUUCAGGAUGUGGACAGCUCUUGCGGCGAGCUCUGCGAUGCAGCCAGUGUCGCGGAGUCAGCUAUUGUGACCUCAAGUGCCAGAAGGCCGACUGGCAAUUUCAUAGAAGAAGCUGUUCAAGAAAGCAGUGCAUUAGGCUUGCAGAGAGCGCAGCUGGAGAGCAGGUUGAGACAGGUGUCACAUCAGCACAAAAGACGCAGGACAAGUCACAUCCAUCGUCCAGGCCAACAUGCACAUCAUCGAAGAUAAAAUGCAAAAAGCAUGCGGCAUCGGGCACAGGAAGCUGGGAGGAAGUGCAGCUCUUGCCGUGGGCUCGCGAGCGUUUGAUGUCGCUUCUUGGAGGUUCCGUCGAAUCCAACACUUCAUUUUUUUUGCUGUCAGCUUUUGUCUUGAUAGGACCGCAGGCAUUGGAGGGACUACCAGAGCUGCGUGUUUCGAUGCCAAAUUCAGGCCACUCAGAAGUCGGGCCGAUGCGUAAGACUUGGUUGCUGGCAGGCCGGGUGGAGGUCAUCGGCGUGAAGGAGAUUGACGGCCUGGCAUCAAUGUGGCCCAACCAAGGAGAAAAGCGGCAUCUCUUUGAUCUUUCCUUUCAGGUGGUGUUCAAAGCAACAUGGCUUGCUGACGUGGGCAUGAUGUCAAUGGACGGAUCCGUGUACUUUGACGACUUCACCAGCAAUUUGGGAAACCAUGCGGAGGCCGUCUACGGCAUGUCAAUCGAUUUCGCCAACAGCAGCGAAUCUGUUGUUGAGAUGCAACGUAAGGCCAUGCAAGAGACCAUUGGCGCUGCAAAGGCAUCAGUACAGGAGGCGCUGGGAGCUGAUGGCUGGUCAAUUGCGCAAGGCCGUGGCCUAAUGCACCGGGUACACCUUCGCCUGCGCCGCUUUGCGCUUGAUUUCGAAGCAAAGUGAAUUGAAGCUUCGAAUUCUGAGCUUCGAACUUUGCAUGUUUUGCAGGGCCAAGCCUUGCCUGGAGAAUCCUGGAAAUGCCUCAUUCCUCCCACAGGCAAUGCAUGUCGAAAGACGCAGACCCGAUGAAAA